AAAUUCUUUACUGUGAGGGUGGUGAGACACUGGAACAGGUUGUCCAGUGAGGCUGUGGAUGCCCCCUCCCUGGAAGCAUUCAAGUCCAGACUGGAUGGGGCUGUGAGCAACCUGGUCUAGAGGGAGAUGUCCCUGCCCGUAGCAGGAGGUUGAAAUGAGGUGAUCUUACAGGUCCCUUCCAACCCAAACCAUUCUGUGAGUCUAUAAUCCCUAUGAGCCCCUUCCAGCUUGGGAUAUUCUAUGAUUCUACAAUGUGCACUGACCAGAUUUUAGUGACCUAGACUGAAAUGCAGCCUUGUACAGCAUAUAGAAGCAGCAAAACAAAUACUAGGAAAGUUAGUAGUUACCAUCUUAAAGUAAAUAUGGGGGUAAGAAGUUCAGGGACAAGGAAGAGAAAAGAACUGCAUGGAGCUGUAAAGUUUUUGUAGUUUCUUUAUACAAUAUACGUGAUGUUCAGAAUGAUCUGUGAGAGGACACUUGACGGGCAGACCCAAACCCACUCAGCGUGGUGCUGGCUAACCUGGGCAGCAUGGUCUGGUGCUUGGAGACCCUGCACAUAGCAGGGGGGUUGAAACUAAACGAUCAUCGUGGUCCUUUUCAACGCAGGGGGCAUUCUGAGCAGACACUGCAUUAUAUCUGAUAGAAGUAUUGCUGUUGUUGCGAAUACGCUCAGCAUCUAAGGGACACGACACGCUCAGUGGGUGUUCAGGUACUCAGUGCGUCUGUGAGGGGUCCUGCUGUAUGUCCACGAAUCCAAACGAAGGUGUGCUGGCGCCGGUAGAAGAAGCGCAGCUCCCAGCCCACCGCACCGAGGGCACCGCAGCGCAUGCGCACAUCGCGCCGGGGACCCGGCUCUACACGAAAGCGGCGCUGAGUCCGGACAGGAGGAAGUGACGUCAUGCAGGGGGUUUUCCACGCCUCGCAUCUCCGCCGGGCGGCGGGUGGCGCGCGCUGCGGUGGUUGUUCCGUUGGAGGUCGCGGUGGAGAAUGUCGGCGCCGCUGCGACGCCUGCAGCAAGCGCCUCGGCACCUGCUGGUGUGCGAGAAGGGCCACGUGCGGCACGCGCGCUCCCGCCACGCGGCGCACGUGCGGGACCACGCCUACAACUGCCGCGUGUCUGUGCUGAUCCCCGAGUGCGGCAUGCUGCCCCAAGUGCUGAAAAGCGCUGUUGCAGACCUUGGGGAGUACUACGUGGUGAGGAGCUUGUCCGUCCAUCAGCUGCUCGCCCCCGAAUUCAUCGAGUGUUUCGUGAGGAAAGGUUCCUGCUAUGCACUUACCUAUAACACCAGAAUUGAUCAAGAUAAUACAGCAGCUUUACUACCAACUGGAAAACUAAUUCUGUCAGUAGAUAAAGAUACUUAUGAGGAACUCGGACUGCAAGGCCGCCCUUCUCGGUAUUCUGGUAAAAAACCAAUGAGAUACAUUAUAACUAUUGACUUGACCGAUUCCAACUUUCACCCUGAUGGCAAGAAACAUAAGAGGGUGCUUUGGGCCUUGAAAGAAAAGAAACCUUUAGAAUUUGACUUCUUGCUGGCUUGGUAUAAUUCAGGUGCAGAGGGAUCAACACUGAUGUCAUACUUUCCAAAAAACCAAAUACAGACCCUAAAGCCAAAAGUAACAUUCAGCACAUUAAGAGAUUUGCAGUGUCCAGUGUUACAAAGCAAUGAACUUGAAGGAAAGCCAGAAGAGUCCUGCAGUACAGAGGAACUGUUUGAAUGGCUAGGUGCUGUCUUGAAUCAAGUUAAUCUAGAUAAUGUAUCUUCUAGUUUUUUAUCAACCUAUUGCUGUCCUCAGCCCAACACAAUAGUGGACCAGGCAUUUUUGUGCACAAUCACAGGCUUCAUAAUUCCUGAGAAGAUAAUUCAGUUACUGGAGCAGCUGUGUUGCUAUUUUGGUGAACCAAAGCUGGCACAGUGGCUGACCUUAACUGUGCAUGGCUUUGCAGACAGCCCUGUUUCAUGGAGAGAGAAUGAACAUGGUUUUCACAAAGGAGGAGAGAACUUGUACAACUUUGUUAUUUUUAGAAAUCUGGACUACUGGCUUCAGAUGGCUUUAGGAACUAAUGAUGAUUGUCCUCCGUAAUGCUCUGUCUACAGAAAAAGCAUUCUGAUAAUCCCAAGAUACUGUAUAAAAAUAUAGUUUUUACAAAAAUAAUCAGAUAAUAAGUUAAAUCUUAAGAGGCUUUGUGUUUUUCUGUAGUGUUUUCCUUGAAGCAUGACCUAAAGUGGAAAGAAUGGAUUUUUGUUUCUUCACUGCCAUAUAGUGGCUUCAGUUCUGGAAGACUUCAAAAUUCUGUAUUUAAGAGAAAUAUUUUGUGUGUGUAAGUUCUCAGGCAUUGACUGCAGGUUGUUUCUUUUUAUCCUAGCAUCAUUUGAAAGUAUUUUCAAGGAUUGUUAGUAUAGCAGAAAUGCUAAGUCAUGGCCUGAACCAGUGAUUGAGCACCUGGUGAGAAGGCAGAGCCAACCUGGGGGAGCUCAGAUGCAAGCAAUGAACCUGAGUGACUGGAAGGGGUGGAGCCAGGAUGCACCCUUUCCCAGACCUCAUUUAAGGGUUGGCAGUGGAGGCCAAGGGUAUCUUGCUGGAGAUCCCUGCCUACCUGAGGCCUUCUGAAGGUAAGCAGAUUCUUUAUUUCUGUGUCCACAGCUGUUGCAUUUGAGUGAGCCAGCCAGGUGCUUAUUUAGGAUGGAUUAUCUAAAAAAUAAAAAGUGCAUUGGAUGGUCACCAGGACUGCUAAUACACUGAAAGAGAAACUCCUGGGGGAAACUCCAGGAUUCCUGUGCUCCCCUGGCUAAGUUCUCCAUUGAUUAUUGAAGAAUGGGGUCUUAUAAGGGGCAAUGUUCCCAUUAUUAAAUCCCCUUCAAAAGUGGCUGGAUGAUUUUUGGAUAAACUAGGAUAAAAUCUUUUGACAGCUGAGGAAAGAGUGGUAGCAGUAUCUGCUGUGGCAUGGCCACUGCUACUCACUAUUAAUGCAUAUCAUUCCUUCUAGGAAGAAUUAAAAGAUGAAAAUGAGCUUUUAAAAAAGUCUAUAUUAGGCAACUGGAAAAUGAAGUUGCAUCUUGGACAGGGCAAACUUCUACACCCUCAAAUGGAACUUCCCCUUUGAAAUUAAGAUCCAUGUUAUUAGGAGGGGAAAAGGAUUUGGAUCAGUAAGAUCCUUGGAUCCUAGCUGAAUACAAAAACAAAAAGAAGGCCAAGCAGACUAACAUCCAACUAGAGGAUCUGGAAACCUCAGAUCCUCUAGAAUUAAGGCCAGUAAUAACUCAAAAGACAAAGAAAAUUCCAGAAAAGACCAACAGAGUUGGCACCUGAAGAGCGGCCCCCUGCCCACAAUGCACUGCAUGUAACAGCAUGCCCAUGCACAGCUGCUGAACUUCUGGAUUUGUUGCAAAGAUUUAAACAAAGACCUGAAGAGAGCAUACUAGCCUGGCUUUUGAGAUUAUGGGAUGUGAGGGCUGAAAGCAUGGUAGUUAAUUGGCCCAAGAUUUUCAAACCUGCAUCCAUUACUACAUCUGGCCCUCAGACAGAGGCUGUAAUGUGAUAGUAAUACAUAAUGAAGAAAACCAUUCUUUAAUUCAGUAGAUAAUGGCAGCAUGUAGAAUUACAUCGCCAAACAAGUGAUAUGCUGAUAAAUACCAGUUCAUGGACCUCAACGGAAGAGCUCCAAAAUUAUAUCAGAGAACUAGGGAUGAAGUAGGCCAUUAAUGAUGAUGCAUUUGAGAGUCCUGACCUGUUAAGUUUCCAGCAGGAAUGAGGGACAUCAUACUACAACAAGCUCUAACCCACAAGUAUGGGGCACUAGUGUCCAUACUGAACCCUUUAGUGGAGGGUUCAGUAUGGCGGUCAGUAUGGAGGCCACCAUCCAACAAGUCACCCAAUUGGUGGCUGAGCUGGGGGAGACAGACCACGUUUGGAACAGGUGCAAUAUCCUGACAUUGAAAGGAACUGAGGUCAUCCCUUAAUUAAAAGGGGGAAGUCCUACCCCAUGCACUCCUCAGUUAGGACCCAUACAGGUAUCCUAAAAGCAGAUGCUGAAUGAUUUAAUCUAAGCUGGGGUUCAAUUUGAUAAAAUUGAUUGCUAGCCCAAUCGUGUCUUCCUCUAGCUGUGGAGACAGUGGGAGAACAAGCUAAAGUUUUAAAAUACCCCUAAAAAAAAAAAAAGCAGGGGUGAGAAUUAUUGAAAAAAAAUGCCAACAAGAACAUGGAACCUGAAAGAUAUCCUAGUUCCCAAUACAAGUAGAAAGCUUCCUCAAGUGAUCCCAGUCACUAUACUUCAGCUACCUGAGAAAAAAGAAUUAGCAAUUGCUCACGUUACUUGCAUGACGGAAUGCCAGUCCUUCUGCACCUACAGCCCCCAGAUGGGACCAGAGGUCUUAUGUUAAGUUGACUAUUUUUUUUUGGUCCCAGAAGAACAUACAGUUGUACAACCAAUGAAUACACGGAUGUUAUAAUUAAGAAAUACAAAAGAAAGUUAGGCUAAACAAGUUAUCACACUAAAGAAGAAUGGAUGGAAAGCUUACCCCUGUCCUGGGCUUGCUGAGAAGACUCUUAAGAGUCUUCUCCCCAGUCCCUACCACACCAAGGCAUCUGCAAGAAGUUUGGGGUGUAUUGGGAUACUGGCCUUCCUUUAUACCCCAGUUAGCACAGCUGCUGAAGUCUUCGUUUGACUCACAAAAAAAAAAAAAAAAAAAAAAAGGCCAAAAAUGGAACUGGGUGAGAACAGAACAGGAGGCCUUCCAGCAAGCAAAGCUAGCUGCUAUAAACAGGCCCAGGCACUGGGUAUAUUCGAUUGCACCUUUCCAGCUGAACUAGACGUCUCUGUAACUCAGGAUGGGUUUGGCUGGGGCCUAUGGCAGUGUCAAAAUUUUGUUUAAAGCCUAGUUAGGUUCUGGUCUCAGGUUUGGUGAAGAAAGGAAUCUUGCUGUGGAGGGCGGAUCUACCCCUUCUGGUACCUCUGAAACAUCUAUGCUAUUUCCUGUGAGUCACUUUGAGUCCACAGGGUCACCAGGAGGAGCAACAUGACAUCGAGAUGCUCUACUGUCAAUAUAAGUUCAGCAUGACACUCAGUGGUGCGCUAUAUGGGGCUGAUAGAAUUCAAGCUGAACCUUCCCUAUAGCAACUAUGUGCCACCAGAGAGCCACUGACUACCGGCCCACGAAGGAACAUGAACCUCAACCAAGAACCAAUCGUCUAUCGUCUUAUAUUUUUCGUCUACACUGUGAUGGGCAAACUGUACAAAGCAUUGUGAUAUACUGGUUCACUGUAAUGGAAAGGGGUUACCUUCAACCUGCUCAGUCUUUGGUUCACACCAUGAAGGGGUUGUGUAGCAGAAAUGCUAAGUGACCAGUGAUUGCACACCUGGUAGGAAGGCAGGAUUAACCCAGGGGAGCUCAGGUGCAAGCAAUGCACUGAGUGACUGAAAGGGGUGGAGCCAGGAUGCACCCUUUCCCAGACCUCAUUUAAGGGUUGGCAGUGGAGGUGAGGGUAUCUCACUUGAGAUUCCUGUCUGAGGCCUUCUAAAG